UUACCGGAAUACUCCCGUCUGCCGCUGGUCCGAACCCUAUUUGAUCUGCUUGGAGAGGUGUCCGUGCCCAAUCCCAGCUCAGCCUGGACCAAUGCUCGGCCAGACAGCCAGACGCACAAUCACCGUAAUAAACACAGUGCGCCCGCUCACAGCUCGCGGAGGAUCGGACGAACUUGGGUGGGUGCUCAUCUGAAAUUCCCCAUUUCCAGUCGCUCGGACGAGGACGGGAACCCGGGCCUGUGGAACUGGAGCGACACAGUCGUCGUAAACAUCGGAGCCAUGACGCCAACCACGACGAGAAAAGAACGCACGCAUUGGAUGGGAGCCGAGCCUCUCAACGGGCUCUACGGCCUCCGUGACUUCUCGUUGCUCAAGCUUGGUCCUCACUCCGAGACAACCAGAGCAAGGACACAGCGAACCAGGCCCUCAGCACCCGGACUGGAGUGGUCCGGAGUGUGCGAGCACUACUGCGAGCUGCUGGCUUUCACUGGGGCCGUUCAUGUCCUCGGCGGCACUAGAGAGCACUUGGGCCUGCAAGAUCGCUGCUCACGGUCCACGGGGAAGCUUGCGUCGAGGUACCCGUGCUGCGGUUCGCUCUGUGGUACCUUCAUUCAGGCUGCUGGGAUGGUGCUGCUGCUGCUUGCUCGAGUCCAGAAUUAG